AUGUCCCAGUUUAAGCGCCAGCGGAUCAACCCGCUUCCAGGGGGACGCAACUUCUCAGGCGCAGCUUCAACAUCCCUUCUGGGCCCUCCUCCUGGUUUGCUGACUCCUCCUGUGGCCACAGACCUGUCCCAAAACGCCAGGCACCUUCAAGGUGGAGAGAAGCAGCGGGUCUUCACUGGCAUUGUCACCAGCUUGCACGACUACUUUGGGGUGGUGGAUGAAGAAGUCUUUUUUCAGCUAAGUGUGGUGAAGGGCCGGCUGCCCCAGCUGGGUGAGAAGGUGCUGGUGAAGGCUGCAUACAACCCGGGUCAGGCAGUUCCCUGGAAUGCUGUCAAGGUGCAAACGCUCUCCAACCAGCCCCUACUGAAGUCCCCAGCACCUCCCCUUCUACACGUGGCAGCCCUGGGCCAGAAGCAAGGGAUUCUGGGAGCUCAGCCCCAGCUGAUCUUUCAGCCUCACCGGAUUCCCCCACUCUUUCCUCAGAAGCCUCUGAGUCUCUUCCAAACAUCCCACACACUUCAUCUGAGCCACCUGAACAGGUUUCCUGCUCGGGGCCCUCAUGGACGAUUGGAUCAGGGCCGAAGUGAUGACUAUGACUCCAAGAAGCGCAAACAGCGAGCUGGUGGAGAGCCUUGGGGCGCUAAGAAACCGCGGCAUGACCUCCCUCCUUACCGGGUCCACCUCACUCCCUAUGCUGUGGACAGCCCCGUCUUUGAUUUCUUAGAACUCCAGCGCCGUUACCGCACCCUCCUGGUUCCCUCAGAUUUCCUGGCCGUGCAUCUGAGCUGGCUGUCCGCCUUCCCCGUGAGCCAGCCCUUCUCUCUCCAUCAUCCAAGCCGCAUCCAGGUAUCUUCAGAGAAAGAGCCAGCUGCUGAUUCUGGUGCAGAGCCCCCCCCUACAGACAGCGACCCUGCCUACAGUUCCAAGGUACUGCUGCUCUCCUCCCCGGGACUGGAGGAAUUGUAUCGUUGUUGCAUGCUCUUCGUGGAUGACAUGGCUGAGCCACGGGAGACCCCGGAACACCCUCUGAAGCAAAUUAAAUUUUUGCUGGGCUGGAAGGAUGAUGAGGCAGUGCUGGUGGGGGGCGAGUGGUCUCCUUCGCUGGACGGCCUCGACCCCAAGGGCGACCCGCAGGUGCUUGUCCGCACGGCCACGCGCUGCGCGCAGGCCCAGACUGGCAUCGACUUGAGCGCCUGCACCAAGUGGUGGCGCUUUGCUGAGUUUCAGUACCUGCAGGCGGGACCGCCGAGGCGGCUGCAGACCGUGGUGGUGUACCUGCCGGACAUCUGGACCGUCAUGCCCACUUUGGAGGAGUGGGAGGCCCUGUGCCAGCAGAAGGCUGCAGAGGCAGCUCCCCCGCCCCCGGAGGUGCCAGUGGAAACAGAGCCUACAGAGCAGUCAGCUGAUGGGUCGGAGCAAGCAGCAGACACCUCUAAGCAGAGUGCCGAGAAUCCGGAGGUCACUGCGCAGCAGGAAGUGGACACCGACCUUCCAGAGGCCCCCCCACCCCCUCUGGAACCAGCUGUCAUGGCACGCUCCCGCUGUGUAAACCUGUCCUUGCAAAGCAUCGUGGAGGACCGGAGGCCAAAGGAAAGGAUCUCUUUUGAGGCAGGUGCCACGGUGUUGGCUGAGCUGUUUCUGGAGAUGCUGCAGAGGGACUUUGGCUAUAGGAUUUAUAAGACGCUCCUGAGCCUUCCUGAAAAGGCCGUGGCCCCACCUGAGCCUGAGAAGGAGGAGGCAGCCAAGGAAGAAGCAGCGGCCAAGGAGGAGGCCAAGGAGCCCAAGGAUGAGGUACAGAGUGAGGGCACAGCUGUGGAGGCAGACGCCCCGCCGAAGGAAGAUGGGCUUUUGCCGAAACCCCCGUCUUCUGGGGGAGAAGAUGAAGAGAAGCCCCGGGGCGAGGCGUCCGAGGACCUGUGUGAGAUGGCCCUGGACCCAGAGCUGCUGCUCCUGAGAGACGACGGGGAGGAGGAGUUUGCAGGAGCCAAGCUGGAGGAUUCCGAGGUCCGGUCGGUUGCCUCAAACCAGUCAGAGAUGGAGUUCUCGACCCUUCAAGACAUGCCCAAGGAGCUGGAACCCUCCGUUGUGCUCCCCGUGGACUGUCUCCUUGCUUUCGUCUACUUUGACGCCAACUGGUGUGGCUACUUGCACCGGCGAGACCUGGAGAGGAUCCUGCUCACCCUCGGGCUGCGGCUCAGCGCAGAGCAGGCCAAACAGCUGGUCAGCAGGGCGGUGUCCCAGAACAUCUGCCAGUACCGGAGCCUCCAGUAUAGCCGCCUGGAGGGCCCAGACGGGGCGCUCCCCGAGGACCUGCUCUUUGGGAACCUGGACCUGCUGCCUCCUCCCGGGAAGAGCGGGAAGCCGGGUGCGGCCCCGGUGGAGCACAAGGGCCUGGUGUCCCACAACGGCAGCCUCAUCAACGUGGGGAACCUGCUGCAGCGCGCGGAGCAGCAGGACAGUGGGCGGCUCUACCUGGAGAACAAGAUUCACACACUGGAGCUUAAGCUGGAGGAGAGCCAUAACCGUUUCUCAGCCACUGAAGUGACAAAUAAGACACUGGCAACAGAAAUGCAGGACCUGCGGGCCCGGCUGGCCGAGGCUGAGGAGAUGGCCCGGACAGCCGAGCGACAGAAGAACCAGCUUCAGCGGCUGCUUCAGGAGUUCCGAAGGCGCCUGACCACCUUGCAGCUGGACACACAGCGGAUGCUUGAAAAGGCUGACAGCUGGGUAGAGAAGGAGGAGCCAGCACCGAGCAAUUGA